CUUCAUGUUCUAGUGUAGUGUUAGUUUUAAUAAACAUAUUCAAGAAAUAUUGUCCAUUUACUACUCAUCUUCAAAGAAGGCACUCAACAAAUUGGCGCAGUCAGUAGGAUGCGAAGAUUGUGACAAAGAAGAAAGAAAAUUGGGUCGACAUCAAAAAUCGAACCCGUUUUCCCCCAAUUGCCACAAUUGAAAUUAAUCUUCAAGAAGUCAAAGAAAAGGGUCGAGAAAUUUUCAUCGAGUAUCCCACAGCUUUGAACGUAAGUGGACAAUCUUUUUCUAAAGCUAUUUUUAAAUCUAGUAGUACGUUUAUCCUGUUGCAUGUUUCUUCGUUCACACGCAAAAAAAAUAAUAAUGACUACUAUCGCUACCACUACACCUACAACCUCCACAACAAUCAUAACAACAUCGCAAAUUCAAAACCCUAUUCCUAAUCGAAAUCAUAACUCUAACAAUAAUAAUGAUAAUAAGGAAAACUCAAACACCAAUGAUACGCCAAUUCAUAACAUGUCUGAUAUCCGGUCAAUCAUUUCUAACGAUUUUGACGGGGACAGAAGCAAACUUUACGAUUUUCUCCAAAAUUGCGGUCAAGCGUGGGCGUUAUGUCGCGGAGACCAAAAAAUUUUAAUAAUCUCGUAUAUGGAAUCUAAACUAAAAGGUGCUGCUAGAGCACAAACCCGAUUUCACAAAUUUUAUUCUUUUAAAGAAUUUCGUGAUUGCCUACUAAAAUUAUUUGGAGACAGACGCGAUUUUUCACAAAUACUAGAAGAAUUAAGUUCGAUUCGACAACAUAGGAAUGAAAGCGUUCAAUCUUACUUUUCGCGAAUAGAAAAUUUGCAAACCUUAGCUUUUAAUAAAAUAUCUUUUCAAGACGAAAAAGAAUCAUGCGGCCGAACAGCAAUGAUUAACGAAAUCGCUCUACAAAGAUUCAUUUUACAUGCUAACGAAGAAAUAUCAAAUGCUUUGAGACGAUCUAAACCACAAAACUUAAACGAUGCGUUAGCUGAAGCCCUUGACGAGGAAAGAUUUUUAAAUGCUCGUAAAUAUAAUUCAUCAGAUUUUUCUGUUAAUAAUAAAUUUUGUUCCUAUUGUAAAGUCAAAGGUCAUUUGUCAAAAGAAUGUCGAAAAAGAAAUGUAGAUCAAAGUCAUUCACCUAAUCAUAGUGUAUCUAAAAAUCAUAAAACAAAAUCAAAUUUUAAUAGUAACUCCAAUUCAAAAUUUUGCCGUUACUGCAAAAAGAACGGUCACUUAAUCGAAGAAUGUAGGAAACGCGAAUAUAAUAAUCAGAAAAAACAAAGCCAAUCCUCUUCAAAUAAUAAUGUCGUUAAUUUAAACUCACAAACGUCCACAGUGAGUGUCGCACUAGUGGACAACCAUUAAAUUCAAAGUUCGACACAACUCGCAAACAAAAUUCCAAAGUUAUCUUCAAACCAAACAAUGACAAAAACUUUGAAAAAUUUAAUAAUUUUAGUAGCCAAUAUCACGAUGAAAUGGACACACUUCUAAAUUCCGAACUUCUUAGCGAACAUUUUUCUCUAAUGUCCCAGUUGAUCGCAGACUUGAAAGAAAGUCUUGAUCUUACUAUUAUUUCAAUUUCUUUUGCAAAAAGUAAUAUACUACAUCCUCAAAUUGUUACUCCGAAAAACCUUAGAAAUGAAUUGAUGAAAAUUGAACUCAGUAAAGAUUUAAAACUACCGAUUCCUCUCGAUCAUUUUAACAACAUUAACAUGUAUUACUCCCUAUGCAAACUAAACGUAGUUAGCUCUAAUAACCUUAUAUUAUUCUCAUUAACAAUUCCUUUAGUUAACAACGUAGAUUUGGACUUAUAUAAACUUAUUCCAUUACCUAUUUCUUUAUCUAAUCCUUAUACCUAUUCAUUUAUAAAACUAUCAGAUCCAUUUUUAAUACUGAGUACUACUAAAAAUAAAUUUAGCAAACUAAAAGAUUUGUCUAACUGUCAAAGCAUAGCCGGAGAUUUGUUUUUAUGUCACAAUACACUCUUAUAUUCAACUUCCGACACAACAAUUUGCGAAGUUCUUCUACGUAUAAGAAAACCCUUGACCAUUCCGGAAAGUUGCGAUAUGAAGACUGUCAAUGCUUCAAUAGAAAUCUAUCACCAAAUCUCAUCUAACGAAUGGUUGUUUAUUACAACAAAACCUGUUGGCGCGGCGAUCAUUUGCGAAGACUCCACGAGUGAUGUAAUUGACAUCAGUUUGGAAAGAACUGGGCUUUUGAAAUUGUCUGCAAGAUGCAAGUGCUUCACUUCAUCAACCACUCUUAUAGCUGUCGCAAAUAAAAGCGGUACUUUUAGAAACCACAUUCCCGAUGUACAAAUUCUCCCUUCGAAUAUCAAAGACUCUAGAUCAACACCAAUCAGAUUGGAAACUUUAAGACUCUCUCACGAAAAUCUAGAUUCAUUGGAGACAUCAAGAAAAGAGUUGAAAGACAUCAACGAUGCAUUAGAGAGGCAAUUAUCAAAACCGUUUGUUGAAAAACAUUUUUCAUCCUCCAAUAUUUUGUGGUUCUUGACGAGUUUAAUCUUAGUUGGUCUGGUGCUAACCAUUCAACAUUGGAUUCGCAAAAUUCGAACGAAAACUACCAGUCCUGCAUCCACAACGGUCCGUUUCAUGGCAGCUUCCGAAAGUAAAUCCGAGGUCAAGUCCGAAAAUACCGAGUCACCACCAACUGGAGUUGUAAAGACUUUUCAAACCAAUAGAGGAGAGUGUGACCCGCAGAAUUGCAAAAUUUUCUUUUAUAAUUAAUUUUAACAUAAAUGCGAUGCGUGCUUGUUUUUUUUUCUGUUAAUUAGGUACUUUAAAUUUCCGAUAUUGUAUCAUUUUAUUUUUAUUUUUUUUGUAUUCAUUCAUUUUUUUAUAUUGCAACAAAAAUGAACAAUUUCAAGGGGGGAGGGAUGUUAUGAUCCAAAAUGACUAAGUCAUGCUGACUCAUGCAUCCCCAAACCUUGUUGAUAUCAAGACUGAUAACAAAGUAUAUAUAUACAGGCAAUUAGAAUAAAAAUAUGAAUCUGAAUCUCAAUCUCUUCAUGUUCUAGUGUAGUGUUAGUUUUAAUAAACAUAUUCAAGAAA